UAAUGCACCGCGCUCUGCACCGGCAUCCCAGUAAGGAGAGCUCUAAUUGGUCGUGGAGCCGGCGGCACGUGGAGGAGAGUGUGAUACUCGGACAGGCUGCCCAGACUCUGUGACCUUUGACCUGCAGACAUGCCCUCUGACCUGGCUAAGAAGAAGGCUGCAAAGAAGAAGGAGGCGGCUAAGGCUCGGCAGAGGCCUAAGAAGGAGAAUGGAGAGCUCGCCGCAGAAGACGCCGAGCAACAGCCGGCCAAUGGCACCCAAGCUGCAGAUGUGGACGAGGUGACUCAGCAGGUUGAAGAGUUUGAGCUCCGGAAGGCCGAUGCCAGGGCGGUGACCGGCGUGUUGGCAUCGCAUCCGAACAGUACCGACGUUCACGUCAUCAAUCUGUCUCUGACAUUCCACGGCCAGGAACUGCUGAGUGACACAACGUCGGUGCAGAGGUCGGCACACGGUGCAGAGGUCGGCACACGGUGCAGAGGGAAGUCCAUGCUCCUGGCAGCGGUGGGUAAGCGGGAGGUGCCGAUACCGGAACACAUCGACAUCUAUCACCUGACACGGGAGAUGCCGCCCAGCGAGAAGACCGCCCUCCAAUGUGUCAUGGAGGUGGACACCGAGAGGAGCAUGCUG